UGGUUUUCUAGUGCAACGCGUGCAGCUUUCGGUAACGGUUCGUUUUUACUUUCGAUACCACGCAGCCAGACAAGGAGCCGAGGGCAAAGCAAACAACUAGAUCGCCGGUCGUCCGUUACGUGCCGUACCGUGGUGACGAUGCGAUGGGACCGUAAGGUGGAGUGAUUUGAAAUUUGAUUGCAAGCGAAAGUGUGGCCACCUGUGCGGCGUCCUUUGAUACUAUUAAGUCGACCAAAUUGUUCACGCGGGAGCAAAACAAACAACUCCGAGCGCCCCGGUACAACCCGAGCCUAAUUGAAUCGGGUUUCCAGCUCCUGCUGCUGUAUCUUCCACUCCUGAGAAGCUUCUGAGUAGCUCCCACGCACCGUUGUUCGCCGGCCACCACGAAACGCGACAUGAAUGGUAUUAGCAAAGUGCGAGUAGUGCUGUUUUCGCUCGUGUUUUCUUCGGUGCGCUGUGAACCUGGCACCGCCCCGGUCGAUCCCUUCCCAGAACCCGUCUGCGGGCAGAUUGCACAGAUGCUGGACAGCUGUUUUCACAACUCCACACCCAACAUAGCGGUCGAGCUGCUCUAUAGCGUCCAGAUCCCCGAAACCAUCGAGCAAAUCAGCGGCCGGUGUUUAUUGUUCAACCGGGGCAUGGAGUGUGUGCAGCGGUAUCUGGAUGUUUGCGUGGAAACCAAGGAGCGAACGCUCAUCGACAACGAAGUGUACGGUGCCAAGCGGUUGUACGAGUUCCUGUGUCAGGAUCGAACGUUUCAGCAGGAAUUCCUCUGGCACAAGGGUUGCUUCCGGCUCGUCCACCAGGAUCUGGACGAAUGCUCCAAAAGCUUUCUUUCCAUUCUGAAGGAAGAAGUCUCGAAAGCGGCACAACAAUCGUUCAACCUGCAGUACAUGCACUUCUGCUGUGCCCGGUACGCAUACGAGAAAUGCGUGUUCAACAGUGCCCGAUACAAGUGUAAGCCAGAUUCGGCCAUCUUUCUGCGCCGCAUCGCGAAGCUGCUAUCUACCGAUCGGCGCUUUUUGAACUGUGAUAAAAUUGAGAACGAAAUUUGCUCCUCAGCGUGGAUCUCUCUGGCUGUUACCGGGUGGUUACGCUGGUUGCCAGUGUUGAUUGGUUUGUCCCAACUGACACAGUGGGAGCGGGCAUAA